UUUUAUUUAUUCGAAGUUUGUUGAGUUUUGUGAUGAAAAGUGAAAUAAAUAAUUAUUUAAGUAAUAAUUCGUGGAUUAUAAGUUUGAAUCCUUUUGAAUUGUAAAACAAAAAAAUGAACUUUUUUUGUGAAUUUGCUGAAUUUACAUUCAAGCAUGGAGGAAAAGUUUAUGGAUGUACGGUCAAAAAUCAGCACAUACCCGAAAAUAUUGAUUUAAACUUUCAAGGACUGCACUGGUUUGGAAAAUCAUUUCUAGAUGUUCAAGAUGUACAAUUUAGUGACUGUACUGUCACAAAAGUUCCUCAAGGACUGACAAGAAUAUUUCCAAAUUUAAGGAUUUUGUGCAUUAACAAUUCAAAAUUGAAGAAAAUCAGCAAAAAUGAUUUGAUUGAGUACAGACAUUUUGAGACAUUUUUUUUCGAGCAAAAUGAACUUGAGUUUUUGCCGGGCGAUUUGUUUGAAGACUUUCAGAACAUUGAGUGGAUGUCCUUUUUUGGUAAUCAGCUGGAAGUAAUUGAAUAUAAUAUUCUGGAUGGUCUAACAAAGCUGAAAUUCGUGUGCUUUACACUGAAUCAAAACUAUGAUAAAUGCUACUCAGUUUAUCCUGAUUACGACUCAAACGCAUCACUUGAAGAUGUCAAAAAAGAUCUUCUGGACAAAUUUUUCUCAAGACAUAAAAUGCUGACAGAUUUGCGAGAUUCUCUUAAGAUCUUAGUUAAAGAAAAGGUUGAACUACAAGCUGCAAAUGAAAAGUUAAAAGUUGAUAACGACUUACUGGUUGGAUUUGAGAAAAAAAUGUACAAAGACAUCCUUAAACUAAGAAAUACGCAAAAGAAGCUGGAAGAUGAAAUUGAAGAACUUGAAAAUCCUGAACCUAAUUGUUCAAAAGUCCAGCACCUAAGUGGAAUAUUCGGAGAUGUAAAAGAUCUGAUCAAAGAUGACAAAUUUAAAGAUUUUGAGAUAACUGUUGGAGAUGAGACAUUUCGUGUCCAUAAAUUUCUUUUAAUAGCUCGAUGCCUAACUUUGUCUGACAUUUUAAUCAACGAUCCUAAAAUUGAAUGCAUCAACUUUACAUACAUUAGCGCAGACAUAAUUAAAUUAGUUGUUGACUUCAUUUACACUGACGAAUUUCCUCGCAACAAAGACAUAAAUUAUCUGCAACUUUUCAUAGCAGCUAGUCGACUUAAAAUUGCCGAACUUCAAAAUUUCUCAGCCACUAAAGUUUUUGAUCAAAUAAAUGCAGAAAAUGCAUUGUAUAUACUGAAAAUGAGUAACAAAUACAACCACGCUUGGCUAAUGCAGCAAACUUUCAAUAAAAUUAAGGAAAUUCGUCCUAAAAUUGAAUUAGAGGACGAGUGGGCCAAGCAGCCAGGAAGAGUUGAGGCAGCAUUAAAGAAUUUGCAUGAGAGUGACUUAGAUGAUAAAAUAAUUUUAUAAAUCUAUUAAAUCUAUGGCCAAAUGAUCAAAAUAAAC